AUGAGCACGCACUGGCUCAACGACGACUGGAUAAUUUUUGUACAAUGCGAUGCUCCGACAAAGUGUGCAGUCAGUGGUACAACUAUCCGUCACUGUCACAUCCCGUUGUGGACACGUACCUUAAGGCGGGCCAGUUGGUCGCCCACACUGCUUUCCCAAGAUGAAAUGCGCACUCUGAACAAUAUGACUUUCGAGUGUUGCAUGCUGGACGAACGUUGUCAAAUCGGGGGAUUUGCCUUGUUCAUCGAUAUGUCCUCGACCAGUAUGGAACAGGCCACUCAGUGGGCUGAACUGAAGAGCGCCAAGAGUGUGUUCAAACUGCUUCAAGAAGCCUCCCCCGGGCGAGUGAAACAUUUGAUAUUCUACAAAGAGUCCAAAGUGUUUGACGUUGCGUUUAAACUGAUUGAGAUGUGGAUCAGCGAUAAAAUGCGUGAACGAGUAAGACCCUAUUUCGACCACACGUAUAUACAUAUAUACACGCAUAAUCCACAAUUGGGGAAAUAG